ACUCCUUGCGCAGCUCCGGCCGCCUGACUGCCUGCACUAGCCGCUGGUAUCUGGAGUUCGUCAGCGCAUCAUGGCAGACAUUGAUAACAAAGAACAAUAUGAACUUGAUCAAGAUUUGGAUGAUGUUGAAGAAAUAGAAGAAAAAGAAACUGGUGAAGAAACAAAAAUCAAAGCGCGUCACGUUCAGAUGAUGCAAAAUCCUCAGAUUCUUGCAGCCCUUCAAGAAAGACUUGAUGGUCUGGUAGACACACCAACAGGAUACAUUGAAAGCUUGCCUAUGGUAGUUAAAAGAAGAGUGAAUGCUCUCAAAAACCUUCAAGUUAAAUGUGCACAGAUAGAAGCUAAAUUCUAUGAGGAAGUUCAUGAUCUUGAAAGAAAGUAUGUGGUUCUUUAUCAGCCUCUAUUCGAUAAGCAAUUUGAGAUCAUUAAUGCAAUUUAUGAACCAGCGGAAGAAGAAUAUGAAUGGAAACCAGAUGAGGAAGAUGAAAUUUCGGAGGAGAUGAAAGCAAAGGCCAAAAUUGAAGAUGAGAAAAAAGAUGAAGAAAAAGAAGAUCCUAAAGGAAUUCCUGAAUUUUGGUUGACUGUUUUUAAGAAUGUUGAUUUGCUCAGUGACAUGGUUCAGGAACAUGAUGAACCUAUUCUGAAGCAUUUGAAGGACAUUAAAGUGAAAUUCUCAGAUGCUGGCCAGCCUAUGAGUUUUAUCUUAGAAUUUCACUUUGAACCCAAUGAGUAUUUCACAAAUGAAGUGUUGACAAAGACGUAUAGGAUGAGGUCUGAACCAGAUGAUUCUGAUCCCUUUUCGUUUGAUGGGCCUGAAAUUAUGGGCUGUGCAGGGUGCCAGAUAGAUUGGAAAAAAGGAAAGAGUGUCACUUUGAAAACUAUUAAAAAGAAGCAGAAACAUAAGGGACGUGGGACAGUUCGUACUGUGACUAAAACAAUUUCCAAUGAUUCAUUCUUUAAUUUUUUUGCUCCUCCUGAAGUUCCCGAGAGUGGAGAUCUGGAUGAUGCUGCUGAAACUAUCCUUGCUGCAGACUUUGAAAUUGGUCACUUUUUAUAUGAGCGUAUAAUCCCAAGAUCAGUAUUAUAUUUUAUUGGAGAAGCUAUUGAAGAUGAUGAUGAUGAUUAUGAUGAAGAAGGUGAAGAAGCAGAUGACGAAGGGGAAGAAGAAGGAGAUGAGGAAAAUGAUCCAGACUAUGACCCGAAGAAGGAUCAAGACCCAGCAGAGUGCAAGCAGCAGUGAAUGAAGCAGGAUGUUUGUGGCCUUGAGGAUAACUUCACUGUAAUAGCCUGAACACAACUAUCAUUUACUUACAGCCUUAUGUUUUUGUAUUUUCUUGGUAGACUCAGUAAUUUUUUUUAAAGGAAUUGAUACUUUGAAGACCAAUUUGUUCUAACUAGCAUUUUAACUAUAGUUUUACUGUCAGAUAUAUUGAAUGCACACAUUCUCUGAAGCAUGUUCAUUCAUUGCUACAAUUUGGUUCUUUGCAUCAUAUAAUUAUUGGAAUAUAACUGUGAAAAUUAACUUUAUUUUUUUUUCCUGAAGAACCAAAAUAGUUUUCCUGCUAGUAGCAGAGUGGGUUUAAGUCGCUUGCAUAAUUAUGCUCUUCAUUUUUUAUUACAGAAAUGCAGUGACUUAAUACUAAGAUAAUUCAUCAUUAAAGAAAAAAAAAUAAACCCUUGGUUAAGAAUUUCCAGUAAGACCAAAUCUGUUAGGUUAUUAAUGGAGUUCUAUAUUUUAGGUGACAGUUAAUUAUAAGGAAAGCCUACCUUAAACGGUUAGUUAUCACAGGGAGGUGAAUACAACCUAGAAUUUUCAGAAGUUAACUGAUAAUCUUUUAGUGUACCUCUAAAUUCAGCAUCUAUUAACUAAGCAUCUUUUCUUUGCGGUAGGAUCUACCUUCUGCUUUCUUGGGAAGGAUGACAUUACAUCAUUUGAUGAGCCUUUUUCAUGUUUUUUUUUGUUGUUUGUUUGCUUGUUUUUGCAGUCUAAAAUAAAAAUAUUAAAUACAA